AUGUCAUUUCGACUGUCCAAAUCUCAAUGGCGCUCUAUUGAAGGUGAAAAUGACGAAAUUAAGCCAGAGUUUGAGGAGACAGCUGGCGAAGGAGAUGAGGAGAUUAAGGAGUCCCGGCUGCAAAGUUUGAUCUCCUUACUAGCAAGCUCCCCGUAUGACAUUUUCUUGCAGAUAAAUGAGCAGAUUGAAAGUGUAGAUUGGGAUUCCAAAGCUGAAAGAGGAGCCAAACGAACUGGUAAUCUACUGACGGCAUCAUUUUUCGUUACACGGCUUCUUCAGGAUAAUCUUAUCAAGCCAAACAUUCACAACAUUGGCAAAAAACAUGAUUCGUUCGACUUGUCCAAGUCGCAAGCCCUGCGAAACUUAGAACUUUGGUCGCAGUCCGCUGCAAUGGGGCUAGCCGAUUCUCACUUAGAAUGGUAUUGGGAGUUUUUAAGGUGGUUGAAAAUAUUGCUUAGAGCUUCGUGGGCUUUUUUACUGCUUUUGAAUCUCAUUAUCAGCUAUAAAUUUCUACUGGCGAGGUAUCAAACCUACUCAAUGUUUUAUUGUCAAAGACGUCCACGCUCGAAAAACGUAACGAUAAGGUCACUGAACGAUUUGGGGUAUCGCUCGGCUGAGGAUAUUUCUAGAAGCUCACUGUGGCAAAUGAUAAAAGCAGUCUUUCCGCGCAAGCAUGCCAAGAAAGAGCAAUCAUUGGGAAAGUUCUAUUACGAGCUGAGAAAGUGGAGACCAGGUAAAUUUUGUGCUGCACUUUUCAGUACGUUCUCCCCGGUUUGCUUGAUCUUUCUCACAAUGACAGAAGUGUCAUUCAUUUCCCUCUUGCCACUGCUAGCUCACCAGUAUUUAUCGUUUUUGAUUAUCUACGAGCGAUACGAAGGUCGUCUCGAUGAUGAGGCGUGCCUUACCGAGGCCAGCCAUGCGGAAAUCAACGAAAAGAUAAUAAAACCCAAAAGUUCUGUCAAAACUCAGGAUGCCAUGGUUGACGCAACGCCCUACGGAGGCAGAUCAGCUGUAUUUUUUCCGUCUUUCACAACAACGAGAUCUCAUAUCUUCCGGACUCAUACAGUAACAGGAGACUUGAUCACAGAGCGUUAUAAUCCUGCCACCGAAGUAUUUGAAGACAUCGAACCUGCCGAUUUUGCUAAGAACUACGUGAGUAGGGAAGCUAUAAAUAUGCAAGACAGAACACCCAGGCAAAAGGCCAUCAAUGGUGCCGCUGUGCGUCCUGUUUUUUGGAGUCGACAGCCCAGUCCUGGCAAGAACGUCACGCCAUCGAGAUACAUGUAUUCCAAAGCGUCGCCGGCGUCUGCUCCUCUAACGCCCAACCUAAAGCCUUUGAAUGGGGCUGACUUUUCUACAAUGAAUAACGCCUCUGGCCAUAUGAAUAAGAGCGGUAGCACACACUACGAUUUGAGUGCGUCGCGGUUGAAUAAUAACUCCAGACUGCGGCGUAACUCCACAAGCCCGAUCAAACCUGUCGGAUACAUGAAUGCAACGGGAUUGCGCGGUAUUCACAGGCCAGUGAUUGAGGGAGAUAGCUCCGUCUCUUUUAGCAUGGACGGUAUUCAAGCAGAUCUACCCUUUGAGGACGUCGUUCGCCGAGGUCGUCGUACACACAUAGAUAAUCGCUUUUCAAGAGACUCUCCCACGGGUCGUUCAUCAGCAGCUUCUUCUCGUCGCAGCAGCAUAAGCCCUUUGAAAAGCGCCGGCAACACGUUCAGAGGUGAUACUUCUGAUUCGCGACCACCUUUUAGAUGA